AUGAAAUACUCACAGAUUAGAGAAACCAACAGGACAUGGCUAUAUGGUCCUAGUAACGGUCAGCCAGUUGGUCCUAGUAACGGUCAGCUACAUGGUCCUAGUAACGGUCAGCCAGUUGGUCCUAGUAACGGUCAGCUACAUGGUCCUAGUAACGGUCAGCUACAUGGUCCCAGUAACGGUCAGUUACAUGGUCCUAGUAACGGUCAGAUACGAGGUCCUAGUAACGGUCAGCUACAUGGUCCCAGUAACGGUCAGUUACAUGGUCCUAGUAACGGUCAGAUACGAGGUCCUAGUAACGGUCAGCUACAUGGUCCAAGUAACGGUCAGCUACAUGGUCCAACUAACGGUCAGCCAGUUGGUCCUAGUAACGGUCAGCUACAUGGUCCAAGUAACGGUCAGCUACACGGUCCAACUAACGGUCAGCCAGUUGGUCCUAGUAACGGUCAGCUACAUGGUCCAACUAACGGUCAGCCAAAUGGUCACUGUAACGGUCAGCUACAUGGUCCUAGUAACGGUCAACUACAUGGUCCUAGUAACGGUCAGCUACAUGGUCCAAGUAACGGUCAGAUACAUGGUCCAAGUAACGGUCAGCUACAUGGUCCAAGUAACGGUCAGCUACAUGGUCCAAGUAACGGUCAGCUACAUGGUCCAAGUAACGGCCAGAUACAUGGUCCAAGUAACGGUCAGCUACAUGGUCCAAUAACGGUCAGCUACAUGGUCCAAGUAACGGUCAGCUACAUGGUCCUAGUAACGGUCAGCCAGUUGGUCCUAGUAACGGUCAGCUACAUGGUCCUAGUAACGGUCAGCUACAUGGUAUUAGUAACGGUCAGCUACAUGGUCCUAGUAACGGUCAGCUAUAACGGUCAGCUACUUGUUCCUAGUAACGGUCAGACUCUUGGUCCUUGUAACGGUGACCCAAUUAGUCCUAGUAACGGUCAGCUACUUAGUCCUAGUAACGGUCAGCUACAUGGUCCUAGUAACGGUCAGCUACAUGGUCCUAGUAACGGUCAGCUACAUGGUCCUAAUAACGGUCAGCCAACUGGUUCUAGUAACGGUCAGAUACAUGGUCCUGGAACGUUCUAUAACGGUCAGCUACUUGUUCCUAGUAACGGUCAGCUACAUGGUCCUAGUAACGGUCAGCUACUUGUUCCUAGUAACGAUCAUCUACAUGGUCCAAGUAACGGUCAGCUACAUGGUCCUAGUAACGGUCAGCUACAUGGUCCUAGUAACGGUCAGCUACAUGGUCCUAUUAACGGUCAGCUACUUGUUCCUAGUAACGGUCAGCUACAUGGUGCUAGUAACGGUCAGCUACAUGGUCCUAGUAACGGUCAGCUACAUGGUCCUAGUAACGAUCAGCUACAUGGUCCUAGUAAGGGUGAACAACUUGUUCUUUAUAACAGUCAGUUGCUUGGUCUUGCUUAUGGUAGUAAAUUCAGACCUAAGGAUCUAUAG